UCUCCAGUCAUAGGACUGGCCCUCACCUGUUGCAACAUGCUCCAGUUUGGAGCGAUGAUUAAGCACAAGACCAGGAAAUCUCCACUGUCCUACAAUGGUUAUGGCUGUUACUGCAGCUGGAGGGGAUCCAAAGAGCCCCUAGAUGCCACUGACAGGUGCUGCCACGCCCACGACUGCUGCUAUAAGGAUUUGGCUUCCUCCCACUGCAGUCCCAAAGCAGUCACCUACAAAUACUUCCUCCGGGGAAGCCAAAUAACCUGCGGAACCGGGAACCACUGCCAAACAGUGACCUGUGCAUGCGACAAGAAGGCAGCUGAGUGUUUCCAGAGGGCAGCUGGGACCUACCACAAUUCUUACAAGAAUUACCCCAACUUCAGGUGCAAGGGCCGAGCACCCUUCUGCUAA